AUGGCACCGUCUGGCCUUGCGAUAAUCAUCGGCGCCGGGCCGACCUCCGGAGCCGGCGUCGCCCGCGUGCUGGCCCACCCGGCACGGGGAAACCUCGCCGUGGCCCUCUUGGCCCGGAACGCAGACAACCUCAACAAGGUCCGCGACUCGGUCCGCCAGUCGUCAGACGGCGGGCUGCUGCACUCGUUCCCCACAGACACGCAGCCGGACAACCUCCGCCAAGCGUUCAAGGACAUAGCAUCCCAUCCGGACUUCUCGGGGCUGAAGCUCAAGCUGGCAAUCUAUCACGUCAAGCACAGCAGCAAGGGGCCCUUCCUCGACAGUACUGCCGAGGACUUCGGCGCCAGCCUGCAGACCUACACGACCGGAGCAUUCACAUUCGCGCAGGAGGCACUAAAACUCAUGUACGCCCAGCAGGGCGGACAGACCCUCCUCGCUGAUACGGGCGGCGCCAAGAAGGGGACCAUUAUUUUCACCGGGACGCUGGGAGCGAUGAGAACGAACGAGGGUUUCGCCGCUUACGGCGCAGGCCGCGCCGGCGCCAGGAUGGUCGCCCAGGCCGUGGCAAAAGAGCACUCCAAAUACGGCGUGCAGUGCGUGCACGCCAUCGCCAACGGCGGCAUUGUGGACGAAGAUAGCGAGGACACCAGGAAUGGGAAGAAGAUGAGCGCCGAGGCCGUGGGCAAGACGUACCUGUGGCUGAGCGAGCAGGAGCCGGCGCUGUGGGUGCAUGAGCUGGACUUGAGGCCUGCGCAGGAGAAAUUUUAG